AUCCACGGCUUCCGGCAGGGGGCCCGGCGGCAGGCGGCUGUCCGGCACUAGCGGGGCCCUGGGCUGGGGUGGGGGUCGCCCAAGAUGGCGGCGGGCGGCGCGGAGGGCGGCUCGGGCCCCGGCGCUGCAAUGGGGGAUUGUGCGGAGAUCAAGUCGCAGUUCCGCACCCGCGAGGGCUUCUACAAGCUGCUCCCCGGCGACGGCGCCGCUCGCAGGUCGGGUCCGGCUUCCUCCCAGACCCCGGCGCCGCCCCAGCCGCCGCAGCAGCCCCUGCCCGGCCCUGCCUCCACCUCCGGCCCCGGUGCUGCGGGCGCCGCGCCGUCCCCUCCGCCCGCAGGCCCAGGGCCCGGGCCCGCGCUGCCUGCGGUGCGCCUCAGCCUCGUGCGCCUCGGGGAGCCCGACGGCGCCGGGGCCGGGGAGCCUCCCGCCACGCCCGCAGGGCUGGGCGCUGGGGGAGACCGCGUCUGCUUCAACUUGGGCCGCGAGCUCUAUUUCUACCCGGGCUGCUGUCGCCGCGGGAGCCAACGGUCCAUUGACCUCAACAAGCCAAUUGACAAGCGGAUCUAUAAGGGCACCCAGCCCACUUGCCACGACUUCAACCAGUUCACUGCUGCCACAGAGACCAUCUCCCUGCUGGUGGGAUUCUCAGCCGGUCAAGUGCAGUACCUGGAUCUCAUCAAGAAGGACACCAGCAAGCUAUUCAAUGAGGAGCGGCUUAUCGACAAGACCAAGGUGACAUAUCUGAAGUGGCUGCCUGAGUCAGAGAGCCUGUUCCUGGCAUCCCAUGCCAGCGGCCACCUGUAUCUGUACAACGUCAGCCACCCGUGCGCCUCGGCCCCACCGCAGUACAGCCUGCUGAAGCAGGGCGAGGGCUUCGCCGUCUACGCCGCCAAGAGCAAGGCGCCCCGCAACCCACUGGCCAAGUGGGCGGUGGGCGAGGGGCCCCUCAACGAGUUCGCCUUCUCGCCCGACGGCCGGCACCUGGCCUGCGUCAGCCAGGACGGCUGCCUGCGCGUCUUCCACUUCGACUCCAUGCUGCUGCGCGGGCUCAUGAAGAGCUACUUCGGGGGCCUGCUCUGUGUGUGCUGGAGCCCCGACGGGCGCUACGUCGUGACGGGUGGUGAAGAUGACCUGGUCACCGUGUGGUCCUUCACCGAGGGCCGCGUGGUGGCCCGAGGCCACGGCCACAAAUCCUGGGUCAACGCCGUGGCCUUCGACCCCUACACCACGAGGGCCGAGGAGGCGGCUGCUGCCGGUGGCGACGGGGAGCGGAGUGGCGGGGAGGAGGAGGAGCCGGAGGCCGCGGGCACGGGCACGGGCUCGGGCGGGGGCGCCCCCCUCUCCCCGCUGCCCAAGGCCGGCUCCAUCACCUACCGCUUCGGCUCGGCCGGCCAGGACACGCAGUUCUGCCUGUGGGACCUCACCGAAGACGUGCUCUACCCUCACCCUCCCCUGGCCCGCACCCGCACCCUCCCCGGCACGCCGGGCACCACGCCGCCUGCCACCGGCAGCUCGCGAGGUGGUGAGCCAGGCCCCGGGCCCCUGCCCCGCUCACUGUCCCGGUCCAAUAGCCUCCCACACCCAGCGGGCAGCGGCAAGGCGGGCGGCCCGGGUGCGGCGGCGGAGCCAGGGACGCCCUUCAGCAUCGGCCGCUUUGCCACGCUCACGCUGCAGGAGCGGCGGGACCGGGGGGCCGAGAAAGAGCACAAGCGCUACCACAGCCUGGGCAACAUCAGCCGGGGCGGCAGUGGGGGCGGGGGCGGCGGGGACAAGCCCAGCGGCCCCGCCCCCCGAAGCCGGCUGGACCCCGCCAAGGUGCUGGGCACCGCGCUGUGCCCGCGCAUCCACGAGGUGCCGCUGCUCGAGCCGCUCGUGUGCAAGAAGAUCGCCCAGGAGCGGCUCACGGUCCUCCUCUUCCUGGAGGACUGCAUCAUCACCGCCUGCCAGGAGGGCCUCAUCUGCACCUGGGCCCGGCCGGGCAAGGUGUUCACAGACGAGGAGACCGAGACCCAGACAGGGGAAGGAAGUUGGCCCAGGUCACCCAGCAAGUCAGUGGUAGAGGGCAUCUCCUCCCAACCAGGCAACUCCCCGAGCGGCACAGUGGUGUGAAGCCAUGGAUGUCGGGGUCCCCCACCCCAUGCCCCCAGCUCCUAGCAUAACCGUCCCCGCUGACCUCAUGGAUCAACGUAUUAACAAGACUAACCAUGACGGAUGGACUGCUCCGGUCCCUCUCCCUGCACAAAUUUGGGGCAGAGGGUCCCUCAGACUGACCCAGACACUGGGGAGAUGUAGUGGCCCGUGUGGCCUCAGCCUUGUCCCCACCCACUGCCAAGUACAAUGACCCCUUCCUCUGAAACAUCAGUGUUAGCCUCAUCCCUGUCCCCAGCAUGUGACUGGUCACUCCUGGGGGAGAAACUCCCCGCCCACAAGAGCCCCAGCUCUGCAGUGCGCCUCUCGGUCCUGUGUGCAGGGCAGGGGGUGGCCCACCCCUCCCCUGGCCCCCGCCCUGCCCUUGCUGUUACUUGUGCUUUUGAAGAAUGUUAAAUUAUGGAAGCCCCUGGGGUCCUCGCUGUCCCCCAGGACCUCUUAUUUAUACUAAAGUUCCCUGUUUUCA